GAACCACUCUAUGGCCAGCUGAGGGAGUGCACUGUAGCCCUCGCGCGCAUGCUCGUACAGGAGGUUCCGGUUUCGUUUCUCUGUAGCGAAACUUCUCCUUGGACUGUCGUUGGAGAUCCAGCCUCCAUAGGGCAGGAGACCCCGACAAGUCAGCAAAGGCCACAAGCGCCGCGCCAUGGACGCAGCCAUCUUGGACCGGGGACAAGGCGGCACUUCGUCCCGCCCACUCUGCGUUUACACCAAUUGCAAAGCAGCGAUCCUGAUCGCGACGAGCCAAUCAGAUCCUGAGGAAGGUCGACCGCAAUAGAGUCGGUCGUCGUCCAAUCGUCGUCUGUGUCCCGCCUCUUCAGUGACGCGAAGGCAGAACCAGCCAAUCCCUGCACGGAUAGCGCCCGGAAGAGGCUAGAGGCAGGAUUCAUCGUGUGCGCGCCCUCACCGCUAGGGCCCGUGAGGGACGGCCCAGGAGGCAGGAUGUCCUGGUCUGGCCUUCUCCGUGGCCUCAACACGUCCCUAACUUGUGGCCCAGCUCUGGUUCCCCGGCUCUGGGCCACCUGCUCCAUGGCUACCUUGAACCAGAUGCACCGCCUGGGGCCUCCCAAGCGGUCACCUCGAAAGCUGGGCCCCACGGAAGGCCGGCCGCAGCUGAAGGGUGUGGUCCUGUCCACGUUCACCCGCAAGCCCAAGAAGCCCAACUCGGCCAAUCGCAAGUGUUGUCGAGUGCGGCUCAGCACGGGCCGCGAGGUCGUCUGCUUCAUCCCCGGGGAGGGUCACACUCUGCAGGAGCACCACAUUGUCCUUGUGCAGGGCGGCCGCACCCAGGACCUGCCGGGCGUCAAGCUCACCGUUGUGCGUGGCAAGUAUGACUGUGGCCACGUGCAGAAGAAAAAGUGACAGCUGGGGCCACGGUGGGCUGGGCACCCCCGCAGAACAUGAACCUUUCGCUCCCGGCUACCAUAGGGUCCUCUGAUGCUGGCCUUUGCGCCUCUAGAGGCAGCCACUCAUGGAUUCAAGUUCUGGCUCCGCCUCUUCCAUCAGGACCACUGUUAAGCCAUAGGAGUUGUGGGGGUACAAAGGGUGCCCCUCUGUCAACACCCUUGGCUCCUGUGUUUAAAGGGGUGGGAUGAAGGACCUUUUCUACUGGGACGAGACACUGUACUGCCCUCUGCUGGGAAGAGGUUUUAAUAAACAUCCUGGCCCUUGCGAUGU